UUCACAUGCAUCGUUGCAUCCAUGUCUCGUAGUUCUCGGCGUGUAACUCGCCUGUGCUGUAACUCCCCCUCUCGUUCGUCAGCUCUUGCUUGUCGUUGCUCUCGAGCGCUCUGGAGGCGUUGGCGGUCAGCGAGAUCACCGAGAAAGAAAAACGCUUUUGGCGACGAGUUGCUUUUGGCUGUUGUUCACUCAUCUGGUAGAUCGACCUCUCCCGAGUGGGAAGCUUAUCACCAGAGGGCCUGCCAGCUUCGCUUGCGCUGUGUAGCCCUUCCUGAUGGCAACCUUGGCCGAGCUAUCACUGAUGCUGUCGCCGAUGACGUGGAGGAGAUUGCCAAGCUUGAGGCACCUGCUGAGCGGCUCUUCGUCUUCAUCCGCAGACUUAUUCAACGUGACCCUGAUGUGCGGAAGAGCAAGGAUGUCAGACGGAUGCUCUGGCGGCGACUCGAGAUGUGGCGGGAGGUGCUGGUGGAGGAGCUCCUGGAAGCGGAACGACUGGACGAACACUUCGCCGCCACUCAACCUCCUCUUGACGACGAGUCCGUCUACCGCAUCUUCAACAAGCUCAUGCUGGAGGGCAAGGUCCGGGCGGCUGUUCGCUUCGUCACUGAGAGGGGUGGUGGCGGUGUCCUCCAUCCGUCCGCUCAAGCUGAGAAGCGCCCACCAGGCGUCACACUGCUCGACGUCCUUCGCGAGAAACACCCACCGCAGCAGCAGCCAUGCGAGGAGGCCUUCCUUCCCUGCGACUCCCUCCCUCCCCUUAUAGACGUGGACAUCACUGAGUCAACGGCGGAGCGCACUAUACGAAGCCUGAGCGGGAGCGCUGGGCCGACUGGAGGCGACGUGGACUUCUGGCAGGGGCUCCUGCUUCGCUUCGGCGCCAAGAGCGGCCGCCUUCGCUCGGCAGUGGCGUCUCCCGUGUCCGGCCUGGCACCGAUCAGCUGUGCAUCGAGGUGAAGGCGGGCAUCGAGGGGGCCGUGCAUGCUAUGAACGACAUCUUCCAAGAGGAUGGGACUGAAGGCUUUCUGCUGGUGGAUGCGAACAACGCUUUCAACAGCAUCAGUCGACCUGCAGCCAUCUGGAACACUCGUGUACUGUGGCCCCGCUGCUCUCGUUACGUGUCCAACACCUAUUGAGGCUUCGCCGGCCUCUACCUGCAAGACUCGACCGACUGCCUGUGGAGCCGUGAAGGCGUAACCCAGGGCGAUUCCUUGGCGGUGUUCGUCUACGCCUGCGGCAGCCUCCCCCUCAUCCAUGCUUUGCGGGCCGCCUGUGCUGAGGAGGGGUAUCGGAUGCCAUCGAGUGGGAG